AUGAACCAACAAACUUUCCUACUAGCAAUCAAAGAAAGCCAAAAGUUCGAAUGGCUAAUGGAGUUUUGCUAUGGCUACAAAACCAGACCUACAACCUCGAAGCUCCUGGGCGACAAGUUCCUGCAUCACCAUGUCUACAAGCAGGCUAUUGCUCUCAAGUACGGUGGCCACGAACGUGAAAGUGACGCUUGGCUCCUGCACUUUGCCAUCUGGGUACAAGCCUGUAUCUGGAAGCCAGCGUAAGAUCGAGUCUCGAAUCUGGGUUACAGUAUAAUUGGCUAAUUUGAGGCUGCAGAAUGUCUAUCAAUUACCCUUUCCGCGCUCCCAAGCAGGUCGGCAGAUAUGAGAAGCUCGUGGUCUCGCCGACUGUUUCUUAUCCCUUUCCUAAGCACCAAGAUGACAAGCUCAAUGGUAUGCAUUCUUGUUCCUCUUCUCUAUUGCUUUAAAGACAUUGAAGGCGAAGUUUCUCUAGAGAUUGAUCGGGUUGUGGAUGCUUUCUUGAAAUCACUGGAGGGACUUUUUACUAUCCAAGGUAUGUCAUCUUUCCCAAAUUCGAACCAAAGCUGACUUAUUAUUUAGAUCUCGAUUUUGGCCAUCACAAAGGAACCUCAAAUUUCACUGCUUAUUAUGACCAAGAGCGAAAUGUUUUUGUGUCAAAGGCUAGACCGGAGGAUCGAAAGAGAAAGAAAAGAGCAGAUGAUGAGGAUGAGGAGGUCGAGUCGAGAGUGUGUGCUAAGAGGAGGACAGGUGAGUGA